AUUCCCAAAUUCCAACCCAAAGUCCCAACCAACGUGUACAAUCUGGAGUCCACGAAAGAUUGAUUCUGUCUCCUCCUCCUCCUCCGUUACACAUUCCUUUCCGAUGCUUUUAUUUUCAGUUAACAUUAUUAGACUCUGAGUGCAAAUGACUUCUUCUUCUUCUUCUUCACAACAAAUUGAACUAUUAACAUCAACCGAUGAUGACUAUGGUGGUGUUAUUGUCCAAAUGGAUCAACCUACCAUGGAUUCUACAACCUUUCUAUCCAUUCUCAGAGCUUCUAUUUCAAAUUGGAAACACCAGGGCAAGCAGGGCGUUUGGAUAAAAUUACCUAUUCAUCUGGCCAAUCUUGUGGAAACUUUAAUUAAGGAAGGUUUUUGGUAUCAUCACGCAGAACCAAAAUAUUUGAUGCUUGUACAUUGGAUUGCAGACAGUGCAAACACCAUUCCCGCAAACGCCACACAUAGAGUGGGUGUUGGAGCAUUUGUGGUGAAUGAAAAACGAGAGGUUCUAGUGGUUCAAGAAAAAACUGGACCUUUUCGGGGAACUGGAUCCUGGAAGUUUCCUACUGGAGUUGCUGAUCAGGGAGAAGACAUUUGUGUAGCAGCAGUAAGAGAGGCCAAAGAAGAAACAGGAGUAGACACAGAAUUUGUGGAAAUAUUAGCAUUCAGACAAAGUCACAUGUCAUUCUUUGAGAAGUCAGAUCUAUUCUUUGUUUGCUUGUUGCGUCCUCUUUCUUUUGACAUCAAAAUCCAGGAGGUAGAGAUAGAGGCUGCAAAGUGGAUGCCAUUUGAUGAAUAUGUAGCUCAGCCAUUCAUGGAAAAGUAUGAGCUUUUGAGGUACAUUAAUGACAUAUACUUGGCAAAGGUUGAUGGACAUUAUUCUGGAUUUACUCCUGUACCUACAAAAUCAAACUUCUCUAACCAGAAAAAUACUAGCUAUCUUUACUUUAAUGCUGGAGGCUUGAAGAGGUGUAAUUCUUUAUAAAGCAUCAGCCAUAGUUUACAAACUUAGUGACUUAGAAGUAAUUUAUUCACUGUGAUGUGAACAGUUUCAAAAGUUCAUUUUUUUAAAAUUUCUUUAUGUUGGACAAUACUAGUAGUAUUGAUUCUAGAAGAAAAAACUAUUUGAAUUGUAGCUAUAAUAACGUUGCUGUCACCUUAACACCUGCACAUAUGAAGACCAAUAAUUUGAACAUACGUGGAGGCAAUAGAACAGUUUGGUAGCAAUAUAGUACAAAACUCCUGACAACACUAAACUACUAUCCUGUCUCUGGUGUACACCUGUAAUUUCGUCCCAUAAUGUCUUAUCAUGCACUAUUAUUAUAUGCAUCCCUUCAUUUAUGUGACUCUAAA